UGCACUACAAUAAUACAGUGAGCACCCGAGAUCCCCUCCUCUCACAGGCUGCGUUGCUGAAGCCUGCCUCCGCGAGACACGCACUUGCUCAGUGCUGCUGCAUUUGUCCUGUUUGUGGAGUCCGUCUGUGCAGCGCGGCCGCUUUCUGGAAGCUUGUGUAAUAAUAUUAUCACCUAAGCUCUCUGCCGAAUGCUUCAGUUCAACGCAGCUGCUGCCGGAGUGAUGUGCGUGAGUGCAUUUUCAAUCAACGCCAAAUAAUAUUGACGCUGAGCCUUUCUUGAAAGCAUCCCGUAUUCGGAUCUGGGACACACGCUCUUUUUACACAGUCACUCCCGGCGCUCUGGUUACCUGGAAAGGGUACAGUACCGGUGAUGCAGAUGCGGGGAUAAUUCAAAGUCUGCGAAAGAAGAUGUGUGUUUAUGCAAAGUUUCUGGAAUGUGACUAGAAUAUCAAAACACUCCCACACAAACCUCGGAUACGAGCAUCUUCACUGUGCUGGAGAAUGCGUCUAUGCUGUUGUUGGUCAUUUGUACUGGCUGGACCGAAAUAGAAUCCACACAAGCCAGUGAAAUUGAUGACCGCAACCGAAAUGAACUAGAAUUUAGUCAGAAAUAAAAGAAAAAAAAAACACCUGCAGUCACUUGCAGUCUACUAUGAUUUGAACUGGACUACACGGUGCAUGUUGUCUCACGCGGUACACUGCAGUUUUUUUUUAUUUUUAUUGUUCAAUGAAAUACUGGUCUAGUUUGGACCUGUGCAAUCUAUUUGGGCAUUGAGUGAGGAAACCGGAUAAGAAGGAACAUACAACGCGUUUGAGAGCUGUGGACAUUAUUUUGAAGAAUACACAUGUAUACCACUUUAUAUACACACGUUGAGAUGUUAAUUUAAACAGGAUUUAAGUGUUAAUUAAGUAAACACGAUUUCAUUAAUUAAAAUGGGACAUAGGUCGCCUUUCGUGGUUUACAUUACCAUCUGCGCUUUCUAAAAAAAAAAAAAAUGUUGCUGUGUACCUCAUUUGCCUGUGUAUUGGGUUACUUCAAUGUAAUAAGUUUCUUUUUAAAGAAAUUGGUGGAAUUCUCAGAAGCGGCACGGCUGAAUUAAACAUCUACCGACCCAUUCUUUAUGCUUGUCCAAAACCAGCUUCCCAGGGUGUUAAUUGCCUCCAAGACAAGAAAAGAUGUAAUUUCUGUUCUGACAGUUCAACUCCAAACAGCCUGGGAAUACCCAGAGAUUCGGAGAUGCAGCAUUCUAUUGAUAUCAGUUAAAUCGACAGAGAAACGCAUUAUCAUUUAAUAAGGUGCCCUUGCUGUAGUGUAGUGGAAUUUUCCCUGGAAACAAUAAUAAAAAAAAAAGGCUUUGGCUUUUUUUCUCUCUCUUUCUUUCAACCUUCUUGGGAUUUGAUUUAUUUAUUUAUAUUUCUGUGGCUGUUUUAUUCGGGCAGAGAAGACAUAAAUGUUUUUACAGUCUGUUUUUAGCCUUGCCGCCUUAUUUUGGUUUUUUUUGGUGGUGGAUACAGAAUGCAUGGUGUGUCACUCUGUUUGGCGGCAGACUAGAAGCUACCGCAGAGGUUGAAGGAUCAAGCUUUUGGGAGAGCCCACCUAUAAGCUUUUAAAAUCAGAGGAGACAUACUACGCGUGGGAGAGGAAAUAUCAUUCUGCCUCAACGAGCGACUUACAUGGAUGUUCCUGUUCAAAGCCAGCGACGGACCGGGCAAUAAGAGAAACACAAAGAGAGGCCAGGACACCAGGCAAAGAGUUUUUCGUGAAGUUUAUGGAAAACUACAAAGCGGAACAGUAAGCUGAUAUACCAUGGACAGGCUUGUCUUCUGUGUGCUGAUGAUUGGCGUGUUGGUGAAGGCUCAUAACUGCCCUGGUCGCUGCAUCUGCCAGAACAUCUCUCCUACCCUGACUUUGCUCUGUGCCAAAACGGGACUCCUGUUUGUGCCGCCCACCAUCGACCGCAAAACCGUGGAGCUCCGCCUGACAGACAACUUCAUCACCGUUAUCCGGAGGAAGGACUUUCUCAACAUGACCAGUCUGGUUCAUCUCACCUUGUCUAGGAACACCAUCAGCCAGAUCAUGCCUCAUGCUUUUGUGGACUUGAGAGCCCUCCGCGCAUUGCACAUGGAUGGCAACAGGCUCAACUCCCUGAAGCACGAGCACUUCAAGGGUCUCGGCAACCUGCGUCACCUCAUUUUGGGGAACAACCAGAUCCACCAUGUGGCUUCUGCCACGUUUGAUGAGUUUCUUGGCACCAUUGAAGACUUGGAUAUCUCGUACAACAACCUAGAGACCCUCCCUUGGGAGGCUAUUGCCAGGAUGACCAACAUCAACACCCUCACGUUGGAUCACAAUCUGAUAGAUCAUAUUGAAGAAGGUACCUUCUCCAUGCUUCACAAGCUGGUCAGGCUUGACAUGACUUCGAACCGGCUGCACAAGCUGCCUCCAGACACCCUGUUCCUGCGGGCUCAAGUCUUGGCCAAUGCCAAGGCGUCCAACCCUUCUACUUUGACAGUCAGCUUUGGAGGGAACCCCUUACACUGUAACUGCGAGCUACUCUGGCUCAGGAGGCUUACCAGGGAAGAUGACUUGGAGACAUGUGCUUCCCCCGAUGCCCUUAUGGAUAAAUACUUCUGGUCCAUCCAAGAGGAGGAGUUCAUCUGUGAACCACCUCUGAUCACCAGACACCACGCCUCUAAAGCCUAUGUCAUGGAAGGGCAAGGGGUGACGUUGAAGUGCAAAGCCGUUGGAGAUCCAGACCCUUCCAUCCAUUGGAUCUCUCCCGAUGGGAAGCUCAUUCAAAACACCUCCAGGACCGUCCUCUUCGACAACGGGACCUUGGACAUCUUCAUCACCACCCUUAAGGACAGCGGAUCUUUCAGCUGCAUCGCCUCCAAUGCUGCUGGGGAAGCGACUGCCCCCGUUGAGGUCAACAUCGUUCCCCUGCCCCUUUUCAUCAACAACACCAGCCACAUGAAGGAGCCCGACCCUGGCUUGUCGGAUAUCACCACCUCGUCCAAAUCGAGCUCCAAUGACACCAAGAACCAAGACAAGAAGGUGGUGGUCGGAGAGCUGACCUCAUCCUCUGCCGUCAUCAGGUGGCCUUCUGAGCGUCACAUCCCUGGCAUCCGCAUGUAUCAGAUCCAAUACAACAACACCUCUGAUGACACACUGGUUUACAGGAUGAUUCCAUCAACUAGCAAGACCUUCCUAGUGAAUGACUUAGCAGCAGGUCGGGACUAUGACCUCUGUGUCCUAGCUGUCUACGACGAUGGGAUCACCUCUCUGACGGCCACCAGAGUGGUGGGCUGUGUCCAGUUCUCCACUGUCAGCGAGAACAGCCAGUGCAAGUUCAUCCAUAGCCAGUUCCUUGGAGGAACCAUGAUCAUCGUCAUUGGAGGCAUCAUAGUGGCUUCCGUCCUGGUCUUCAUCAUCAUUCUGAUGAUCCGUUACAAGGUCUACAACAACCAAGAUGACCACACCUCAGCCAAACUGAGCAACGUCUACUCCCAGACCAGCGGCAACCUGGCGGCCAUGCAACGUUCCUCCUCUAAGCAAGCAGAGGAUAAGAACGAGAUCCGGGCUAAGGAGGCCGCCAACAAAGACUGCAAGGCUGUGGUCUUGAAAGUGGAUUGCGAUAAACCAGAGGCUCCCCAGCCCACCACCACUGUCAUCACUGAGGUUCAGCUGCCUCUGGUCCCAAUAGAAAAGAGGCAGACACGGACCAGCAUAGACCUCCAGCAAGCGGCAGCUAUCCUAUCUUCAGAGGAGGCCCAGACGGACAGCAGCAUAGCGGGUUCCACCAUGUCACUCUGCUUGAUAGGAUCCUCUAAAGGCAACAAAGAGGCUCCCAAGCUUAGUGAUAAAAAGAGCACCCUGGGUAACAUUGCCCUCCUUCCCAGCGACAUUGCAAGAACUCGGCACAGGUUCUCCUUCGAUGGGGACUAUUCUUUGUUUCAGAGUAACAGUUACCCCAGAAGGGCAAGGACAAGAAGACACAUGUCCUCUACCCAGCUAAACGUGGACAUGGCUUCUCCUUUGGGGAACCGGAGGGUGAUCUUUAGCAGCACAGAGUGGAUGUUGGAAAGCACGGUUUGAGACAUUAUGAGAUCUUGGAUAGAACUGAGCUGAGAAGAAGCGGAUACUCUCUAUCGCAGCAGUGCCUUAUUACAACAACGUACCAAUGGGGGAUGCUGCUAGUUAAGAUUCUAUUUUUUAGGUUUUCUUUUUUGUUCCCCUUUCGGGGAUGGAAUAACAGAACUUUUGGAUUUCUGAGAUGUCGGUUUGUUUUUAUAUAUACACCAUGAUGUUGGAUAACUGGAAAGUGCUGUAUGAUCAUUUCCCCUUUAAUGUAUCAAAAAGCAGGACUGUUUCCACCAGAUUCUGGAGGACUCAUGCACAGAAGACACAAGAUACCACAGACUUCUAUCACACCCAGUCUAUACAAAAAUAUAUACACAUACCAGUAAAAUAAAUAGACUGUAUGAUGUUAUUGAUAUUUAUUGUAUCUGGCUGGCCUAGAUAAAAAAAAAAAAAAAAAAAAAAAAAAAAAACAUCUGUGUGUGUGUGUGUAUUAAAUAUAUAAGGCACAUGACUUUGGAAAAAAAAAAAUAAAAAAAAAAAACAUUUGAGUGUUGACAACAAGUUUUUACAUUAAAAACCUGUGCCAUCACAUGUUCCCUUUCUUUAACAUAUCAACAUUUGGACCACCAAUACCUGGGAUAAGGGUAUUAAAGCUUUUGUGUGGCUUAA